UUCCUCCUUGCAGGCUAGCCAGCUGCCACAGGGCGGGUCAGCGACAAGCUGUGAGAACUCAUCAGGAAAUUCCCUGGAUAUUGUAACUCGUGACAGCAACAUCUCAUUAAUCAUCAACCCUGUAACAUGAUCCUGGGACCAUAAAAAAGAAACCUGCGGAAUCUCUGGAAACCUGGUCACUGGCCCUCAACACACUUUUCCUCCCAGACCCAGACACCUGAGUCCAGAUCCCAGGCUGAUGGGCGCCCGAAUCUGCACCCAGAUCAGUGUCCCAGAACCCCAAGAGGCUCUUCGCUUCCACGACCAGGCCAAGGGCGAGCAGGUGUGUCUGGACGCGCAGGGCUGCACAGCGAGCAGGUGCGCCACGUUCCACGAUGGCAUCGUGUUCAGCCAGCGACCCGUGCGACCCGGCAAGUGCGUCGCGUUGCGUGUGCUGCAGCGCGAGGAAGGCUGGUACGGCGGCCUCCGCGUGGGCUUCACGCGCCUGGAUCCCGCGUGCAUCUCCUCCUCCAACCUGCCACCCUUCGUGUGCCCGGACCUGGUGGAGCAGAGCCCCACAUGGGCGGCCAUGCUGCCUGAAGGCAGCGCGCUAGUAGGGGACUUGAUCCGCUUCUGGGUGGACCAUCGGGGGCGGCUGUACGCCAAAAUCAACAGGAGCCCGCGAUUCCUGCUGCGCAGGGACGUGCUCCUGGGCGCGCCCCUCUGGGCUGUGAUGGACAUCUAUGGGACCACCAAAGCCAUCGAGAUGCUGGCCCUGGGCAGUUUGCACAGUCCUUCGGCACACAGUCCAGUCCUGGAGCACUGAGUGGGCUCAGCCCGGGUCUGUCCAGCCC